AUGUCCUCCUACAGACAGCUCUGCAGCUACCAGUGCUACACACCCUGCGAGGUGGCCUGCCCUCAGCCCGUCGCCGAUGCCUGGAACGAGCCGUGUGUCACGUCGUGUGGUGACUCCAGAGCAGUGGUCUACCCACCCCCUGUUGUCAUCACUUUUCCUGGGCCGAUUCUCAGCUCCUGCCCUCAGGAAAGUGUAGUGGGGUCCUCAGCACCGGUGGCCAUUGGGAGCUCACUUGGCUAUGGGGGAUCUUAUGGUUACAGGGGCUCUUUUGCUUACGGGGCAUCACAGGGAAGCAAGUUCUCAUACCCUUACUGCUCUCAGAGGUCCAGCAGUUACCGCUCUAGAAGGUGUGAGCCCUGCAAAACCCAGCAGGAGUAUACUUACUCCAAGAGCAGUGAGGAUACUGAAUGCAAGGUCCAAACUCAAGAGUAA